CACUAGGCUUGCCAGAGGAACACACCGAAACUGUCAGCAAUCACCCAACAGACCACCAAACAGUCCACAUGACCACCCGCAUCCACUGAUGCCUCUCUCCGUCCCAUACUCGGUGGGUGUCUCUCAUUCGCAGCUUACAUGCACCCCAACCACUACACAGGCCCCCCUGCAUCCCUUUCUCCUCUCUCCACCGCUGAAUGAUACCCAACACACCAACAGCUUAAAAUGCCCCCAAUGCACCACGCGAUUCCCCCUUUCCGCCUCUCCCUCCCUCCCUCCCUCUCUACUGCAGCAGCCGCUCAGUCGAUGCCAAGCGACACCCACUGCCCCCGCUCGUCGAUGCGUCCCAGCUGCUGCCACGACAGCUGGCAGUCGUCAAUGCCCAAAUGCUGAUUGAAGCCCUUGACUACGCCCACCAGGUCGUACCGAGCCGCCUCGUCCAGCCGGGCCCUGUGCACCACCUCACGCAGCCCCAGACGGCCACGUGUGUGCACCACCUCAUUUGGGCGGCUGUCGACCCUGAUGGUGAAGCACGGCAGCGGCACCCGCACCAUCUCGCCGCCGACAUCGGCCAUGAGGCCCGCCACCUCCCUGUUGCUGCUGGCCGCAAACACAGCUGACUCGACGAAGUGCUGCGCUGCAGCCGUCACGCGACGGGCCAGUGUGCUGUUGCGGAUGCCGAUGCUGCCGCUGAUGGCCUCAUUGUCUGCGUCUCGGUCGAAGCACAUGGCGGCGAUGCGCCAGCCGAUGGCCUCUGCCUCGUGUGGGCCAUAGCCAGCGGGGGCGGGGGGCGGACU